UGGGUUGGAGUUGCAUACCUGAAAAGUUUAAGGUACUAUCAGUAUCAAGAAUGUGUAGACACACUAUAACAUUAUCAAUGGCUACUUUCUGUGUUUUUUGCUUCUUUAUUGGCUGUGUUAUUGACUUUGUACCUACUUCCCUUUUCGCAUUUUCUCCUUUCAGCCUUUAUAUCAACUGCAGCAUUUGCAUGUGGGAAUCGGCAGAGUCCAGAGUUGUUGAUCAUUAUAGACAUAAAGGUCACAGUGCUCUGCACCAGAAAGUGAACCAAACACGGCCUUAGCAGACUCUGAAUUGUCUUUUUCAAGAAAACUCAGCCUGAUAAGAACUGGGAGAAAGCCCAGAAUGUUUGCUUAUGAAAACAAGUUUCUUCCUGGACUCUAAUUUCAGGCCUAUUAUCUGGACUAAUCCUGCUUGCUCGCUCACUUUAGGGUAGUCUUGAAGUUGGGUUCUGGGCCUAAUUCCUCCCCAUCGAAUGUGAUCUAACACGUACAAUAACUACAAACAUUAUACAGUAGACUUGAAAGUCAGCGCAAUGCUUGCGUUAUGCAAAAGAGCAAAACCAGUAAUAGAAGAAAGUUGAAUCAGUCAAAGAGAAAUAAAGAAAACUUGCAUAUAUACAUAGGUAAGAAGUUUGAUCGAACGCAUCAAAAAGAGGAAAUGGCAGAAGACAGAAUCAGCAAAUUACCCGAUGCAAUUCUCCAACACAUCCUCUCCUGGAUCGACCUCAAACAGGCUGUUCAGACAAGCAUUCUAUCCAAAAGAUGGAAAAGCCUCUGGACUUCCCUACCUAAUCUCGACUUCAACUUCAGACGCCUGGCCGUCCAAAGUGGCGUGGACUUGGCCUGGUCACAUCACAACCAAAGCUUCAUGCCUCGUUUCAUGCAUUUCGUGACUCAAUUCCUUUCUCAACGCGAUCACAGCUCCAAUGUUGCCAAAUUCAAACUGUCGUCUAGCCACAUGGCUGGCACAGAUUCAGCAUUUGUUGAGAAAUGCCUGGAUUACGCAAUCAAUCACGGUGUUCAACACCUUGAUAUCGAUGCAUAUUGUUAUUCUCCGCCUGUCAAGUUCCCUAACGGCCUUUUCGCUAGUAAAUCGCUAAAGGAACUCAGGCUGAGGCAGUAUAUUGACAGUAUUGUUAUACCAAAGUCGUUUGAGUUACCAAACCUCAAGACCCUUUGUCUCGAAACUUUCAGCUUCAAUGAUGAUCUUUAUAGUUUUUCAAGGGAGCCCUUUUCGAGCUUUCCUGGUUUGGAGAAGUUGACUCUGCAUCGGUGUCAGGUGUCUGGGCUAAUCAUCUCUGCUCCAAAGCUCAGGAUUUUGGAAAUAUCGUUUCUAGAUCCGUUUUUUUCACGGGAACUACAGAUGGAACUGAUCUCAAGUCCGAGUCUAACUUCAUUCAGGUAUGAAGGUUAUGUUUCCUUGGUGUGCCCAAAGAUGGAUUUUCCUUGCUUGGAGGAGGUGUACUUUGAUAAUUUUGCGGUUCUUGAACCACCGUAUACAGAUGAUAUCAAGACAAAGAUGCCCUUGAAUUUGAUUAGGAUGCUUCAACAACUCGGAAAUGCAAAAUUUGUUACAUUAACCUUGGACACAAUAGAGGUUCUUGCAAUGGAUCCUCGUCUCCUCGAGCAAAGUCCAUCUCCAUUUCCCUAUAUCAAGUGUCUGAAGUUGACAAAAAGGCAUAAUAUAAUUCAUCCAAUGAAGGCUGUUCCACAGACCGUGAUCAACUACUUGACCAAGGAAUCUUCUUACAGCGACUCACUGGUGGUGAAGUUCCCAGAUGGGAUAAAAGGGGGAAGACCCUUCAACAGCACUGACGGAUAUAUAUGAGCUUGAACUGCUGUCCCUCCAUUUCUUUUCAUUUGAUUAAGAAAACGCUGUGCGCCUUUGAUGAUGUAAUUUUCCCUUAGUUUCAAAUCUUGUUCUUCAUCUGUUAUUACACUGAAAAGUCUGAAAUCUUCAGACACACCAAAUUGAUUGUUUUUCAUUGUACCCAAGCCGUGAUUAAAUUGUUGUCCAACUACCAGAAGAAGAGCUUCAUAAAGACAAGUUGCAUUUACAAAAAGUGGAAAAGAAGCAUAUGAAUCAAAUACUAAUUAAAUUCAAACUGUCUGUUUCUGAAUAUCUGCAACUUUGGGGGUCUGUUCUUCCUCACCAUCAAGAGAAUCCACAAUUGACUCCAACUUUUCACCUGCCUCCUGAACCUUAUCAAUAAUAUCUCCGAUUGAAUCAGCAGUAUCAGCGGUUUUUUCCGCCAUGUCUUCAACAAAGUCAAGAAGUUC